UUCGCCUAGGGAGUCGGGCGGGUUUCCUUGGUUAUUAUUGCCGAGGUCACCCUACAGAAGUUAUCCUUUAACUCCUCUACAAUUUUUGGAUCUCUGGCAUAGAGUAGAGAAUCUUCCGAGUCUUGCUGUAUUCUAAACUUUUAGGAGGAGAAUGACUCAUUGGUUUCAUCGAAACCCUUUAAAGGCUACAGCUCCUGUCUCAUUCAAUUACUAUGGAGUAGCCACAACUCCAGCUGCGACAAAAAUCUGCAAUGAUUUAAGGUUAUCAAGAGCACGACUCCUGGCUUUUACUGAUUUAAGUUGUAAUCCAGAUAUGAUGAAAAAUGCAACUGAUUCCUAUUUUUCACUCUUGGAAGGCUUUAUAGUUGCUCUGGAUAACUCUUCACAGGAUAGCAAACUGAGAUACAUUCAGAAUUUUAAAUGGACAGACACAUUGCAAGGACAAAUACCAAGUGCCCAGCAAGAUGCUGUGUUUGAAUUAGUUUCUAUGGGAUUUAAUGUGGCCUUGUGGUACACUAAAUAUGCAUCAAGAUUAGCUGGGAAAGAAGAUGUAACAGAAGUUGAAGCAAAAGAUGUCCAUCGCAGUAUGAAAAUAGCAGCUGGGAUUUUCAAACAUCUAAAGGAAAGCCAUAUCCCUAAAUUGAUCACUCCUGUAGAAAAGGGAAGGGAUUUAGAAGCUCGACUAAUAGAUUCCUAUAUUAUCCAAUGUCAAGCUGAAGCACAAGAAGUGACAAUUGCCCGGGCUAUUGAGCUGAAACAUAAUCCUGGUCUAAUAGCAGCCCUAGCCUACGAAACAGCCAAUUUCUACCAAAAAGCAGAUCAAAUGUUAUCUAGUUUGGAUCCAGCAUAUACAAUGAAAUGGAGAAAAUAUCUUCAAUUGAAGUCAUGCUUCUAUAUGGCUUAUGCUUUUUGUUACCAUGGUCAGACCCUCUUGGCCAGUGAUAAAUGUGGAGAAUCUAUUAGGUCUUUACAAGAAUCAGAAAAAUUUUAUGCCAAGGCAGAAAAACUAUGCAAAGAAUAUGGUGAAACCAAAGGGCCAGGGACUACAGCGAAGCCAUCUGGACAUCUCUUCUUUAUAAAAUUAGGAACUGUAUUGAAAAUUGCCUUAGAAAAAUCUCAGCGAGAAAAUGGAUUCAUUUACUUCCAGAAGAUUCCUCCAGAGGCUCCCCAGCUUGAGCUGAAAGCAAAUUAUGGUCUGGUUGAGCCAAUUGCUUUUGAAUUUCCAGCUGUACAUGCUCAAUGGUCCCCAGAAUCCCUUGCUGUUGAUCUCACCAAAAGACCAAAGGAUGACAGUGCUAAACCAAAGGCAGAGGAAGAAGUGAAACCUGUGAAAGAACCAGAUAUAAAGCCUCAAAAAGACACAGGGUGCCAGAUCUCAUAAGAUCCUCAAUUGCAAACUCCUCCUCCUCAUAAACCGCUUUCUGUAAACUUUAGGGAUAUUAUUGCCUGUCCUGUGUGCUAGUUCUUCUGGCUGCCUUUAUUGUAACAAAAUGUAUUCUUUUUCAAUUGUGUGUGUGUCUGUGUGUGUGUGUGUGUGCGUGCGUGCGCACAUGCACACGCACACACACAAACAUAGGUACACAUGAAUAUAUACACAUCUUUUCAUUGGCUGGGUUGAAUGGAUUUCUUUCACAAGAAGAAAUUGAAGAAGAGAUUAAAACUAGAUUGGAAGAAGAUUGGGACCAUAGUGGAAAUUAGCAUUUAGAUGAGCUGGCAUUAGAUUCUGGAACAAAUAAUGGCGAAUGCAAGGGAUGAGAUUGAGGCUCUGCUCAGGGUUUAUAAGGUCUGCACAACAGUAAAGCAAACAAGACAAUAAUGAAUUUGUUAUAAAGACAAAUUAUUCAAGCCUCAAAUUAUUCAGAAUAAUAUUACAAACAAGAGGAAAA